CUUUUCUUCUCUUCUCUUUUAUUUUUUCAUAAAAACGUUCAUUGAGUGUAUAUUGAUUUUUGCAGUCAUAAAACACUAGUAUAUUAGGGAAAUCCCUGGAAGUAUCUUUGCCAUCUCCCAAGUGCAAAUCUAGUGGGGGCAAAUAAUAAUAUUUUAAGGACAGUGAUUCUUCACGUCCCUUUGAUUAUUUUCCUAAUAGCUGAUCCUUCCUUGAUAUAUAUGCAUCUUUUACUGAUUCUUUUCUGUUUCCAUUGAUUCUUGCAUAUCUUCUUUGUUCUUGUAUCCUCUUGUCUCUUAGUCUGGACAUUUCAACCGUUCAUUUUUUAUUACUACAUGUAGGUAAAUUGAGGAUUCAAAGCGUCUUACGAAGUUGAUGAAAUUUACUCUGUAUUUCUGUAAUAAGUAUUCAUGUUAUUUGACUAGCUAAGUUACUCUCAAAUUCAUCCCCAAAUCUAUCUAUUAUUGGCUAAUGGCUACUAUAUGGACGCUUAGGUUAUGACUUUAUUGACAAUUUCGACAUAUUUAAGAUAAAAAAAAAUCCUGAAAUAAACUCAGGCCAAAAGUUUUGUCAAAUAAUUUCAAACAAAAUCACUUAUAAAUUUGUUCAAAAAAAAAAAAAAAAAAAAAAAAAAAAAAAAAAAAAAAAUUUAUAAAUAAUUUCCGAUAUUUAAAGAUAAAAUAAGUGGAACAAAACAAAGCCUAGAUCUACUAUGCAGAAUAUGUGGAGUCAAGUAAUCAAAUUUUGACUUGAGCAAUCAAUUUUUUUUAAGAAUCAAAAGUGGUUAUCAAAAUAAUUUCUGAUAGAUUAAGCAAUCAAUUUUGACUUGAACAAAUUUAAUCAUACACUUUUUGACUAAGUCUGAUAGAUUAAGCAAUCAAUUUUGACUUGAACAAAUUUAAUCAUACACUUUUUGACUAAGUGAUGAAUUAAAAAUGGUUUGAAGUUUCCAUGAAGCUCCUAUCCAAGGGAGCCUCAGUUCUUCAUCAUGAGGAACACUUUUGUUUCUCACAAUGACAUUUUGAAAAAUAAUGUGAUGUUUUUCACUAGUGGGGAUCGCCUAUCAAUUUUGGGUGGACCUCUCUACUCUUAACACAUACUCUAUGAGGAACAAAACUUGUUCCUCAUAGUGAGGAAUAGGGAAUUACUCCUCCUAUACCACACAAUAACAAUAAUUUUGAAGAGAGAUAAUCUUCAUUUUGAUUAAAAUCUUAAGAUAAAGAAAAAAAAUUGGAAAUGGCAAAAGAGGUGAAAUUGCUGGGAUUUUGGCCAAGUCCAUUUGCAAUAAAACCAAAAAUUGCACUUCACUUGAAAUCAGUAGAUUAUGAAUAUAUUGAAGAAACACUGCAAUCUAAAAGUGAUCUUUUACUUAAAACAAACCCUGUUUACAAAAAAAUCCCUGUUCUUCUUCAUCAUAAUAAGCCUAUUUGUGAGUCUCUCAACAUAGAUGAGUACAUUGAUGAGGCCUUUCCAUCUACUCCAUCCAUUCUCCCGGCUGAGCCUUAUGAUCGAGCCAUCCAACGCUUUUGGGCUGCUUACAUCGAUGAGUGGUUCCCAACAUUUCGUGAAGUAGCCCUCGCACAAAGUGAGGAAGUAAGAGCAGCAGCAAUAGAGAAAGUGAAAGAAGGGCUGUCAUUGCUUGAGGAUGCCUUUGUCAAAUGCAGCAAAGGGAAGCCUUUUUUCAGCGGCGACAAUAUCGGGUACCUUGACAUUGCCCUGGGGAGCUACUUAGGGUGGUUAUACGUCUAUGAAAAACUAAGCAACAUUAACGCGCUCAACAAGGAAGAGACGCCUAGCCUCCUCACCUGGGCUGAGAGGUUUUCUGCUGCUGAUGCUGUCAAAGAUUACAUCCCUGAGGUUGACAAGCUUAUGGAGUUUGCCAAGAUUAUUAUGCCUAGGUUCAAAGCAGCUGCUUCUAACUAAAGCUAGAUGGCUAUUAUAAGAAUAGUAUUUCAGCUGGUUGAUGAUGAUACAUGCAUGAUAUAUGCUAGUUUAAAUUAUUCUAUUUCCAUAAAUUUCUCCUAAACUAAACAUGCACGAGUUUAUUUAUAAUAAUCAUCGGUUUUUCAUUUGACCUUUCAUUUGUUUGGUUUAACCAUGAAAAUGGAUAAUUUAAACUAAACUAAACCUGACAAAUGGGUUGUUCGGGUCGGGUACGGGUCGAGUCAAUUUCAGAUUGGGUCAUUUCGGAUCAGUUAACAUUCGGGUCGGGUACGGGUCGGGUCAUUUCAGGUUUCGAGUAUGACUUGGGUCAGGUAACAGGUUAAGUUCGGUGCGUGUCAAUUUCGGGUCGGGUAUGUUCGGGUUAGACCAUUUUCAGGUCAAGUAUGUUCGGGUCAUAUUCGGGUCGGGUCAAAAACAGGUUUGGUCAUGUUCGGGUUGUUCCAUUUGUGGAUCAAGCUCAAUUCAAUAAUUUUAUAUUUUGUUAUUGUUAUAAUAAAAACUAUCAAUUCGGUUUAUGAGAUUGCUAUGGUUGAAGAUGAACAAUUUGAGUUAUUUUUGACACUAGACAUUUUUAUUUCAAUUAUAAGAUAAUUUUAGUUCGGGACAUUUCGGGUCUACUCGGGUCAAUUUUGAGCAUCAGGUUUGUUCGGGUCAAAUAUUUCUAGUCAAUUUCGAGUCGGGUCAACAUUCGGGUCGGGUCAGUUUAGGGGUCAGGUCAGGAUCGGGUCAACUCCAUUUUCGGGUUGGGUAUGGGUCGGGUCGGGCCAAUUUCAGGUCAUGGGUCGAGUCAUUCAGGUCGGGUGAUCGGGUCUGGGUCAGGAAUGCCAGGUCUAAACUAAACCCACUUUCUUACAUUUUUGUUUGAGGUGGGUAAGUAUAAUUGUUACCUUAUGUUUAAGAGAGGUAACAAAUUAGUGAAAAUCAUGGAUUACUGUUAUUAGAUAGUGGUAAUUAUUACUGAAACCUUCUAACUAAAUACUUGAUAAUAA